AUGGCAGUGAUCUAACGGUUGUCUGGAAUAUUUUGAUAAUUUUUUCGAUUGGUUUUUAGGCUUCUGGAGUUAAAGUUGACGCUUCAUGCAAAAAUGCCUACGAUUUGUUGCACAACAAACAUCAACAUAGUUAUAUUAUUUUCAAGGUACGUUGUUUUUUUCCUCAAAGAAAAAUAGUCAGAAAAAUGAGAUUAUUUUUAAGAUCGACAAAAAUGAUACAGUAAUUGUUGUUGAGAAAGUCGGAGACAAAUCUGCACCAUAUUCAGAAUUUGUGGAAGAAAUGAAGAAACUUGUCGAAGAUGGAAAAGAAUGCAGGUAAUUUUUUUGGAAGUUUGAAAAUCUUGUUGAAACUUUGGAAUUCAAAUUUAAAAAAAAGAUGAACAUCAAUUUUCAAUCGGAAAGUUCUAAACUCCAGUUCUCACAAAGGUCUGGAGUAGAAAAUCCAGAAAAAAAUAAGUUAAGAAAUUUAGUAUCGGUCUUUUCAAGUCGAAAUUCUAAAAAAUUGAAAAAUAAAAAAAUCUCGAUUUUCCUCUCCAACUUCAAAGCUCAUAGCUCAUUCGAGCUCUAAAACCUUGAAAUUUCGGAAGAUUUUGAGACUGACGCUAUUUUUGACCGGAACGAACCCCGAACAAAUUACGUUCCAAGAAAUUGUUGAAAUCCCAAUCUCAACUCAAUUUUUCAUAGAUACGCUGCCGUUGAUGUCGAAGUAACUGUUCAAAGACAAGGAGCUGAAGGAACAAGCACACUGAACAAAGUUAUUUUUGUUCAAUAGUAAGUUAUCCUCUUCUUCCUAUCGUACUAUUAUCCAAAUAUCUUAUUUAUUUCUAAUUUUUCCAGUUGCCCAGACAAUGCUCCAGUCCGCCGGCGUAUGCUCUACGCUUCAUCAGUCCGUGCUCUCAAAGCAUCACUCGGUCUCGAAUCUCUCUUCCAAGUUCAAGCCUCCGAAAUGUCGGAUCUUGACGAGAAAAGCGUCAAGAGCGAUUUGAUGGCUCAUCAAAGAAUCUAA